AUGAAAGGUGGAGAAACCAAAUGGCUUGAUCUAUCAGUAGCAAAAGAAGCGUUUCCUAUCGAGGUCACGAAAUAUGCUGUUGCAAACAAGCUUGUGUCAGAGCCUGCCUUUGCGUGGUGGGUUCCCUACACUUUGAGAAAGCGUGAUCAAGUUUUGAAAGCUGUUAAGCGCCGUGCUGUGAAAAGACAGAAGCCAGAAAAGUUUGGUAUUGAAGUGCCUGGUCCUGGUCCGAAAGGCGUUGCACGUGCGUAUGAACUUGAUGCUCAGAAUGGUACCUCACAUUGGAAUGAUGCCUUGAUCAAAGAGGUCAAAACAAUUCUACCAGCUCUGAGAAUUCUGGAAGAUGAUGAAGAUGUUCCGGUCGGAUACCAGCUCAUUGAGCUUAUGACUGUUUUCGAUGUCAAGAUGGAUCUCACGCGGAAGGCACGAAUAUGUGCUAGAGGGGACCAAACGGACCCUCCAAUGUCUGUCACCUAUGCAAGUGUUGUGACAAGGGAAAGGAAGGAGUUUGGAGAAUAUGCCGGGAAGAAAGCUAUCCUGGUUAAGGUUGUUUACGGACUCAAAAGUUCCGGGUUCGCAUGGAGGAGCCUCUGUGCAGACGUUUUGAAGGAACAAUUGGAGUUCCAACCAUGUUGUGGAGAUAUGGAUGUUUGGCGUCGUCCUUGUCAACGCAAAGAUGGUUCAAAAUAUUAUGAGUAUAUUUUGAUUUAUACUGAUGAAUGCAAAUUGGAUGGUGAUGAUUAUUUCACCUGGGCUAUUGGAUCUGAAGAGUACCUACAAGAGUCGUUAAGAGUUGUCAAGAAACGAAUUGCGCCAAUGCAAUUGACUUUGAAGAAAAAGGUUUACUCAACUUUACCCACUGGAUACAAGCCGGAACUUGAUUCUACUCCUUUUAUCGAUGAUGAUACUGCUAUUUUCUACAUGCAACUCAUUGGUAUUCUGUGCUGGCUUGUGGAACUUGGUCGUAUCGAUGUCGCUGCCGAAGUGUCUAUGCUUUCGUCUUACAAUGCAAUGCCUCGUGAAGGUCACUUUCAUGCUGCCUUACAUAUUUUGGCUGUUUACAGAAGCACCCUGAUUGUGUGCUUGUGA